AUCAGAGCAGGCCAGCCAGACGCAUGCCCACAUGGUACUUAAAUAAAGAUCUCCGCCAGCCAGCCAGUUCACCGGCCGCCUCGAUCGAUCGAGUCCACUCCACCAGCUCUCGAUCGCCAUCCCGAUCGAUCCAGCCAUGGCGCGCCGGAGCCGGCCGCAGCAGCCCGCCCUCGCCUGCUUCUUCUUGCUCUGCAUCCACCUCGUCCUGGCCUCGGCGUCGUUCCUCCGGCCGCUCCCACGGCCCGAAUCCGAAGACCACGGCGGCGGCGGCCUCGACCGGGCCCACAUCGGCGCCCGGACUUGCUGGUACACGGUGCAGAUCAAGACGAGCUGCGAUUCCCCGGCGCGGACGGCGGACGCGGUGGGCCUGGCGUUCGGGGACGCGUACGGGAACGAGGCGUACGCGGCCCGCCUCGACGCCGCCGGCGUGUUCACGCGGUGCGCCAAGGACACGUUCAAGGUCGGGGGCCCCUGCGGGUACGGGAUCUGCUACCUCUACCUCCGCCGGUCCGGCCGGUCCGGAUGGACGCCCGAGUGGGUCAGGGUCUACGAGCCCACGUCCUCCUCCGGCACCCCUUCCACCUUCCGCUACGGCGACCCGCUCCCCGACAACGUCUGGUACGGAUUCAACCGCUGCCCCCGCCGCGCCGCCGCCGAUGGCUCCUCUGCUUCUUCUUCCUCUGAAUCCGCUGCUGUCCAAGCGAUGUAGCAGCCGUCCAUGCUUAAUUUUGGUUGGAGCUGAAUGGCUGAUCGAUCGAUCGGUUGAGCGGAUCUUGUGUUUGUAAUAGUAUGUGCGAUGAUUUGGGGGAGUUCGAUUCUGUGUAAAUUAAUUUUGCUGUACGCGUGAUUGCAAUGCGCCUGUAAGGAUAAUCGGAUCGGAGAUACUACUACUGCUAUACCAGUGAAUAAAAACCGGCCUGGUCGUCGAUCUGGCUGCAUUCGAUCGCA